AUGCCCAGGGAAACAAACAUUGUCAAAAUCUUAGGUCAGAAGAAUUAUGAGAAAAUACGCAACACCAAGUGCUUGCUGGUUGGUGCUGGAGGUAUAGGUUCAGAAUUGCUGAAAGAUCUGAUCCUUAUGGACUUUGGCGAGAUACACAUUGUUGACUUAGAUACCAUUGAUUUGUCCAACCUUAACAGACAAUUCUUGUUCAGGCAACGUGAUAUCAAAAAGCCAAAAUCCACCACUGCUGUGAAUGCUGUAAAACACUUCAGCAACUCCAAGAUUGUUCCCUACCAAGGCAACAUCAUGGACUCGACACAGUUCCCCUUGCAUUGGUUUGAGCAAUUUGACAUUAUUUUUAAUGCAUUGGACAAUUUGGCUGCUAGACGGUAUGUCAACAAAAUAUCACAAUUCAUCUUGACACCUUUGCUGGAAUCCGGCACUGCUGGGUUUGAUGGUUAUAUUCAGCCGAUUAUACCAGGGAAAACUGAAUGCUUCGAUUGCACCAAAAAGGAGACUCCAAAGACUUUUCCCGUGUGCACAAUCAGGUCCACGCCAUCUCAGCCAAUUCAUUGCAUUGUCUGGGCAAAAAAUUUCUUGUUUAGCCAAUUGUUUGCUGCAGAAAAUACGGGAGACAAUAUGGAUGAUCCCAACAAAGACUGGGGUACCACUGAUCCUGAAGAAAUCAAAAGAAUUAAGCAAGAAACGAACGAGCUUCAAGAGCUACAAAACAUAAUCACCGCUAAACAGAAGGAAAGAAUACCAGCAAUACUGAAGAAACUAUUUAUUCAAGAUAUUGAGAAGUUGCUACUGUUGGGGAAUCUAUGGAAAACAAGAGACAAACCUGUUCCAAUAAACGCACUAGAUAUCGUGAAAUCUCCCGAAGACGAAAAGCUUGACCUGAACAAUAUCUGGCCCAUUCAACAGCAAAUCCAAAACUUCAUCAACGUGACGGAGAAGCUCAUAGACAGGAUGCCAAAGGAGAACAAUUUCAUUGAAUUUGACAAAGAUGACGAGGACACACUAGAAUUUGUUGCUGCCGCGUCCAAUAUCAGAUCACAAAUAUUUAACAUUCCCAUGAAGUCGGUAUUCGAUAUUAAACAAAUUGCAGGAAAUAUCAUUCCUGCCAUUGCAACAACCAAUGCUUUAGUUGCUGGUCUAUCAUCCAUUACGUCAUUACGUAUUUUGAACCUGUUGAAAUAUGCACCUUUAAAGGAUGCGAAGGACUUGAACAUGGCAUUCACAGCAAAAUCAAGUAACAUGUCUCAAAACAGGUAUCUGUCCAAUCCAAAGUUGGCUCCUCCAAACUGCAAAUGCCCUGUGUGUGCAGCAGUUGUGCGUGGUGUUCUCCAUGUGAGCAAGAAGUCUUUGGAAACUUUUACACUACAAAAAUUUGUGGAGUGUUUACAAAGUCAGUACGAAUAUGAAGAGGAUAUUUCGUUAUUGGAUAUGACGGGCCAAAGGUUGUUAGUUGACUUUGACUUCGAUGACCUGCUACAGAAAACACUUUCUGAACUGAAAUUACAUGACGGCUCUGUUAUCCUUCUUAGUGACGACAGUGAUAGGGACGACGGGAUGUUGAAAAAACCAGCCGAAUUUUAUAUUGUUGUGUCUGGUUCUCUAAAUGAGGAGAAAAUGGAGCUGCCUAAAUUGAAUAUCCCUUUGUUACCUGCUCCCCCAAGCACCACUGAUACCGAGGAGACAUCUGAAAAUGUGGACACUGUUGCAACGACAGAGGGCGGCCAGGAAGAUGUCAUAACCAUCUUGGAUGACACCGAUACUACAUCAAGUAAAAAAAGACACUUUUCGGAUGAUGACGAAGGACCUCCAACUAAGGCUGUGAAGCAAGCGAUAGACGACGAUAUUAUUGAGUUGAAUUGA